AUGGGUCUUCACCUUCCUAACAACUUACUGUAUGGGUCCAUUCCCUCACACAUUGGAAAUCUUUCCAAGCUCAUCAUCCUUGACUUGUCAUUCAAUAGUUUCUCUGGGAAUAUCCCUUCUGAGAUUUGCAUAUUGAAAAGUCUUGAGUGGAUUUCCUUAGCAGAAAAUGAGAUCACUGGUCCAAUCCCUGCCUCUAUAGGAAGCUUGCAUCAUUUAUCCAAGCUUUACCUUAAGAGGAACAGACUCUCUGGUUCUAUACCUGAACAAGUUUGUAACCUUUCCAAGCUCACCGAGCUUGACUUGUCACAAAAUAAUUUCUCCCGAAAUAUUCCAUCUAAUAUAGGAAGGUUAUUGAGUUCACUUUCUCAACUUAUUCUCAAUGCAAACAAUCUCACUGGUCCAAUACCUAUAUCUAUUGGAAGCAUGCACAAUUUGUCCCGACUUGUCCUCGUUGAAAAUAGGCUCAAUGGUUCCAUACCUAAAGAAGUUGGGAUGAUGAGGUCACUUGUUAUGCUUGAUCUUUCAGUGAAUUACAUAACUGGUCCUAUCCCACCAUCUCUGGGAAACCUAAGUAACUCGGUAUGGCUUUAUCUGUAUGGUAAUAACCUCUCUGGUUCUAUCCCCAAUGAAAUAGGACAGCUUGGAUCUCUUACCACAAUGCAGUUGUCAAGUAAUAAUCUCCCUGGUGUCAUCCCUACUUCCAUGGGAAACUUAACCAAAUUGUCUAGUCUUUACCUUUUUGAGAAUAAGCUUUCCGGAUCAACACCUCAAGAGGGCCAAUUCCUUCAACGCUCAGCAAUCUUACUCAGUUGCCAUCAUUACAAUUAUCAUAUAACAAUCUCAGUGGUCCAUUACCUGAAUAUAUGCCGCGGCAGACUACUCGCUUAUAUUUCGGUUCACAACAACAAUUUGACGGGUCAUAUCCCACCAAGUUUGAAAAACUGCAAAAGUUUAUACAGAGUUAGGCUUGAAGGAAACCACUUCACAGGAAAUAUAUCAGAAGCUUUUGGUGUGUAUCCGAAUUUGAAUUAUAUUGCAUUAAGCAAUGUCAGAUUUUAUGGUGAACUUUCUCCAAAGUGGGGGCAAUGCCACAAUUUAACAAGCCUACAAAUCUCCAAUAACAAAAUUUCUGGAAAGAUACCACCCGAGUUGAAACAUGCAACUCAGUUACAGCAACUCGGCAAAAUUCCACCAGAGAUUGGAGUUCUUUCAAAUCUAGAACAUCUUAACUUGGCAUCAAACAAUUUAAGUGGGCCGAACUUGGAGAGUGCUCAAAGUUAUUGA